UUCAUCGAAGAUUUUGUUUUUCUGUUUUUCUGUUUUUCUCUGUAGCACAUUUGAUUGGCGAUUCACGGACUUUGGGCUUAUCAACUGUUCUUGUUCAAUAUUUUAAAAAUAGUUAAUUUUCAAACAUGGCUGAUGCAAACAAAGUCAAAGCUCUUGCUGCCAAAGAGAAGGGUAAUGCUGCCUACAAGGAUAAACGCUUUGAAGAGGCCAUCAAAUUUUAUGAUGAGGCUAUCUCUCUGGACCCUACCGACAUGACAUUCCUUUUAAACAAAGCUGCGGUUCGAAUUGAACAAAAAGAUUUUGAUCAAUGCAUCAAAGAUUGUGAAAAGGCUGUUGAAGUUGGUCGUGAAAAUAGAGCUGAUUUUAAAGUUAUAGCUAAAGCUUAUGCCAGAAUGGCCUUAGCUUUUCAUAGACAAGAUGAUCUAGAAAGUGCUAAAAAGUACUAUGAAAAGUCUUUAACCGAGCAUCGAACACCGGAAACAAGAGCUAAGCUUUCGGAUGUUGAAAAGGCUAUAAAGGAUAAAGAAAGAAAAGCUUACGUUAACCCUGAAAUUUCCUUAGAGGAAAAGACUAAGGGAAAUGAAUGUUUCUCCAAAGGAGACUAUCCAGGAGCCAUACAGCAUUAUACUGAAGCUAUUAAACGAAAUCCCGAGGAUGCUAAGAUUUACAGCAAUCGAGCUGCUUGUUAUCAAAAAUUAGCUGAAUUUAAGUUAGCCCUUCAAGACUGCGAAGACUGUAUAAAACUCGAUCCUACUUUUGUCAAGGGUCACGUGAGGAAGGGAAUGGCUCUUUAUGCUCUUAAGGAAUUUACUAAAGCUUCAUCUGCUUUCCAGAAGGCGCUUGAGAUUGAUUCAAAUUGUCAAGAAGCUGUUGAAGGAUAUCGUAAAUGCACAAUGGCUUCAAUGUCUAACCCAGAAGAAGUUCGGGCUCGUGCUAUGUCCGAUCCAGAAGUCCAAAAAAUUUUAGGUGAUCCUGCUAUGAGAUUAAUCUUAGAGCAAAUGCAGAAUGAUCCAAAGGCUCUCCAAGAUCAUUUGCGUAACCCAGAAGUGGCUGCUAAAAUUGAGAAACUAAUCGAAGCUGGUCUGAUCGGUAUCCGUUGAGUUCCAUGAAAUCAAAAACAGAACUUCUUAAUUGAUCCUACUAAAAAGUAUGUUCUGUCAACAUUAAGCUAGCAUAUUGAAUUAUAUUAAUAUGCGUCGAUAAACACAAACAGCUUGUAAACAAAGCUUAUAAAUUGUUUUUUAUACCAAAAAAUGGUCGUUUCAAGUCAUUAGUACUUUGAAAAAUAUAAACUUUCUUCUCUUUUAGUUUCAAAAGAUA